UUCAAAGAAGAGAUUUCCAGACGAUUUAAAGCCAAACAGGAUCAGCUGGUUCUGAUCUUUGCUGGGAAGAUCCUGAAGGAUGGAGACACUUUGAAUCAACAUGGGAUCAAAGAUGGGCUGACUGUGCAUUUGGUCAUUAAGACUCCACAGAAGCUCCAAGAUCCUACAGCUGCUGCUUCUGUCCCCACUGCUGCUUCUGCCCCCACUGCAACCCCUCCUUCUCCUGCUGCCCCAUCUCAGCCUUCCACAUCCAGCAGUGCCGUUUCUGACACGGGGAGCGGCAGCAGACGGAGCAGCGGGUCAGGGACCAUGGCGGGUACUGGAGAUGGAGCCCCUAACAGUGCUACGUCCAUCCUUUCUGGCUUCGGCGGCAUCACUGGGCUGGGCAACCUUGGGAUGGGCUCCGCCAACUUCAUGGAGCUCCAGCAGCAGAUGCAGCGGCAGCUGAUGUCCAACCCAGAGAUGCUCUCUCAGAUCAUGGAGAACCCCUUGGUGCAGAACAUGAUGUCUAACCCUGACCUCAUGAGACAGAUGAUCAUGGCCAAUCCCCAGAUGCAGCAGCUCAUGGAGCGAAAUCCGGAGAUAAGCCACAUGCUGAAUAACCCAGAGCUCAUGAGGCAGACAAUGGAGUUGGCUCGUAACCCUGCCAUGAUGCAAGAAAUGAUGCGGAACCAGGACCGUGCUUUGAGCAACCUCGAGAGCAUUCCAGGAGGAUACAACGCCCUGCGCCGGAUGUAUACAGACAUCCAGGAGCCCAUGUUUAGUGCAGCCAGGGAGCAGUUUGGCAACAAUCCGUUUUCUUCCUUGGCGGGGAAUUCUGACAGCUCGAGCUCUCAGCCUUUGCGGACAGAAAACAGAGAGCCGUUACCUAACCCCUGGAGCCCCACGCCCCCUGCUUCCCAAAGCCAGGCACCCAACAGUGAAGGGAGCACUGGCUCGGCAACCACCCAAAGCACACCGACUGUAUCCAACCCCUUUGGGCUGAAUGCUGCUAGCAUUGGGGCUGGCAUGUUUAACAGCCCAGAGAUGCAAGGACUCCUGCAGCAGAUUUCCGAAAACCCUCAGCUGAUGCAGAACAUGAUCUCUGCCCCUUAUAUGCGAAGCAUGAUGCAAACUCUUGCCCAGAACCCAGACUUUGCAGCACAGAUCAUGGUAAAUGUCCCCCUCUUUGCUGGGAAUCCACAGCUUCAAGAACAGCUCCGCCUUCAGCUCCCUGUCUUCUUGCAGCAGAUGCAGAACCCAGACUCCCUCUCCAUUCUCACCAACCCCCGCGCCAUGCAGGCGCUUCUCCAGAUCCAGCAGGGACUCCAGACGCUGCAAACGGAGGCCCCAGGACUAGUGCCAAGCCUCGGCUCCUUCGGCAUGCCUCGAAUGCCCCCGUCCUCUACAGGAGGAAGCACAAUCCCAGAGAAUCCUGUUCCCUCCGCUUCGACGCCGGCCAGUGCCUCUCCAGCCGGGGGUGGUAACCCCCAACAGCAGCUCAUGCAGCAGAUGAUCCAGCUGUUGGCCGGAGGAAGCUCUCAAGCGCAGAGUCCUGAAGUGCGAUUCCAACAACAGCUGGAGCAGCUGAACGCCAUGGGCUUCAUUAACCGUGAGGCCAACCUCCAGGCGCUUAUUGCCACUGGUGGAGACAUCAAUGCAGCUAUUGAGAGACUGCUGGGCUCCCAGCCUUCCUAAUCUCUUGUCAUGCUGCCCCACAGACGUCAGCACACGCAUCCAUACACAUGCACAGGGGGACCUUUCAAGAAAGCCCACCAUCAUUUUCAUAUCUGACAGCUGUCCAUGUAUUUAAAACAAAAAGAUACAGCUUAACCCCUGACCUUCCUACUAAGUUAAGAUUUCAUGUUGAAAUGCUCUUUAACUGGCUUGUAUGUGGAUUCCAGUUCUCAUCGUGGCCACAGAGACUUCAGAUGUGUAUUUUUUCCUAAAUAUGCCCUCUGUCUCAGACACUCUUCUUCUCUCUAGAUGGUAGAGGCGAUACUUCUAGUUACUUACCUGAAUGAUUGUGUUUUGAGUAGCUUGAUUUUAACUGUACAUGAUUCCCUCCCCUAGACCUCCUUCCAGGCAAAUAUUUAAAAAAUAAGCCAACUUGGUUUUGGUUACUUCUCCCAGCAUCUUAUUGGGAACGGAUCAAAAGAAAAAUUGAAGUGACUUGGAAAUUGCUGAUGUCCUUUGUCUUAAUAUUCCACUGGAUGAGCCGAGCCUGUGUCCUUUGCACGCAGGUGUGUGUCCAAUCUCCUGCUAAAGGGUUGAUGCGCAUGAAAAAUACAUUUGAACUAUGGCCUUUUUAUGCUGUUGGGAUGGUGUAAAGGAGCCUAGAUGCCUUUAGGGAUCCGGCUUGCUCUCCUUGAACCCAAGGGUGAAAGUGCUAUGCAGAAGAAAGUGUUUGAAAGGGGUCUUUCUGCAUAGGCAGUCCAGUUCCUGCGCAGUGGUGUCGGGGUUUGACUCUUGUGCUCAGCAGUCUCGUUUAUGAAAGUGUAAAAGCAAAAGGAAGUAGAAAAAUAAGUUAACAAAGACCUCUUCUCUCCACUGGAAAAUGUUGAAGUUCAUGUUCUUCCCAGUUCAGACCCAUCAUCUCUUCAUCUCUCUCCACCUCCCUCCCCCACCCGCCGUUUUGGUGUGUUUGAAUGUCACAACUCUCCCGAGAAACCCUUCCCAAGGACCAGCAGGGUGAUAUUUUCCCAAGAGCCUCCAUGGCUGUGUAAUUUGCAUACCAUUUUUAUCAAAAAAAAAAAAAAUAAAUGCGCACAACCAUCUGUCUUCCUGCGCUCCAUGUAUCUUCCUUGAUUACUGCAUUUAAGCUGAUUGAGUUCCCCUAGUUACCUGUGAUUAAUUUGUCUUGUCCCAUUUCCUCCAUCACCACUACCCAAUUUCCUUUUGUAGAUAAUGUGGGGUGUCAUGCAGCCUUCUGCCCACCUUUCUGGGACUUUUUGUGGCUGGAAACCUUUUUGACGCUUGAGUACUAAGAAAUGCUGCUGAAGGCUUGCCCAAAAUCUGGCACUAAACAUGCCUGUCCAGCAGCUUCCUUUGCAUUAAGGGCUUUCGAGUGUGUAUGGGAUAAACCGAGACUUGGUGACUGCUGGUGCUCCUGUGGCACGGCUGGUUGUGGAAAGUGGAUUUGACCUCUGCUUUUCUGUAGUGAGCAUGGCACUUGCCAUUAGCCGGGGUUGGUAUUGUGUGUUUAUUUUUCUUGGUGGGAGAAGACUAGAAAGUGAGAGGGAAUGGGUGAGAUGCCAGGGCUUCCUGUGUUCCUGUAAAACCCAUUGCGCCCAGUUUAAUUCUGAAUUGGAGAUGGGGUCUAUCAAUUUUCUUUAUUGUCUUGGAGAGCAUAGGUGGAACAGUGGUUGCUUGAGAAUAUGUGCGGGGAGGGGGAAGUAUGGAAAUAAUCCUGCCUUUGUGUAAUGUGUAUCGCAGCAAUUUUUUUAAGAUGGGCAUUUAAAAGGCCUAAGUUUAAUCUUGUAUUUCUGGAAGGCUGUGGACAUGUAUAUGGACUUUUUGCACCCCCUCCCCAAACGUGUAAAGCAUUUGCAAAGAGUUGUGUAAGGAUGGGAUGUCACUAAAGUUUCUGAUCGGACUGGUGGGGGUUAGAGCUCUUUCCCAAUGCUGCUAAUCAGCCCCUUUGUAGUUACAUUUGGGCUUUACAGAAAGGCCCGAGUAAACAGUGAUCCCUUAGAUCUGCUGGGCAUCCUUUGCCUGCGCUGAGCUCUGAUUGUCUUUGCACAAGCUGUUUCUGCAUGCAAGGCAGCUCUUGCAAAGAAUGUGCUUGCAGGAGCUGGGGACAGAGGGUGGGAUAAGCAGGUAAGCGAAAGGGAAAAGAAAAGGCAGCUGAAAGGAGAGUUGGUGCUGCUGGGUUGCAAGACCCACUUUUGCAAUAGCGUUGUGCUCCGCAUUUGAACCUCUUUCCAAAGCGAAACGCCCAAAGAUCAUGAGGAAAGGGCACCCUUUUAUCUCAGGAUCUAACCUGUAAAAGUGGCCUGCAGGGCUAGGAGUUGUCUUCUAAAAAUCCAGCUGUGGUGCUGGUCUGAAGCUAAUGAAUGGACAAGGUGUGCAACUUCUUCGCUGCUAUAAAUCCUUCAGGAAACCACUUGGCCUGUUGCCUUCUCUGCUUAAACCCAAAGCUGGUCACAGCCUUUCCAGCUCCCUCCCUAGUGUCAGCAAGACAAGCUGUUGUGUACAUCGCGUCAACGCGACGACUCGGUGCAGGCUUUCCCCCAGCGUGGACCUGCAAGGUUGAGUAGGGUUGAAGGGUGAAGGUGAAGCAAUGGUGUUUACUUGCAGCACCCUCCUCCAUCCCUGUGUGUCUCUGCUGCCUCGGCUCAUCCCUGGUCAACCUCAGAGACGGGGCUGGAGCUGAGCUGUGCAGAAGCCCUUUGGUUUGUGCCUGGGAGUAAAGCCGGCUAGAAAUAACUGGCAUGGCAGAGGGCUGAAAGUGUAGGCAGGGUGCUGUGAAUUACUGAGGAGAAUGUAUUUCUUGUAGAAGUUCUUGCUAAGAUUUUUUUUUCUUUUUUCCCCCCUCCCCCUAAACUCAUGUCCUGCUUUUCCAGAGAGCUCUGGACCAUGGCGAGCCUGUGGAAGCUGUUCUCGAACAAACGCUUCCCGCAGAAGGAGGGUAACGGUCGUCAUCUAUCUGGGGGAGAAGAGAGGAGGAGGAAGUGCUCGGUCUUCCCAGGCCGUUCAAUGCGCGGUGCCUCUCUGCUCGUUUAAGCAGGAAAACAUAUUUCUCCCAUCUCCUCAUGUCUGCAGCGCCUGCUCUUGUGUCAGUUUGAGAUCAUUCCUCACCUGCUGCCAGCCCACCAGCCAAGGUGCUAAAAUAAAGAUAACGGGGCAGCCUGCUA